ACCCACUAAUCUUCCCUUUAUCACACAGCAGUCAUCAUGGCCUCACGUAUCGCCUCCCUCUCUUUGAGAGCUACGGCGACAUCGACAACGGCGACGUUGAAGAACAAGCUACUCGCCCGGAACCAGUUCGCAGUGUACAGGAUGGCAAGCACAUCUGCUCUUGGUCUCAAGGACGCAUCACUGCUUCGUACGCAAGGCUACAUUGACGGCAAGUGGGUAGAUGCGCAGGGCGGCGGGAAGAUCAAGGUCUUCAACCCUGCGACAGAGGAGGAGCUUGGGACGGUCCCUGAGAUGGGCUUGGCGGAGACUAAGCAGGCCAUUGAAACUGCGUCCCAGGCCUUCAAAACCUGGAGCAAGACUACGCCAAAGCAUCGACACGACCUCCUCAUGAAGUUUUACGCGCUUAUGCAGGAACACCAAGACGAUUUGGCGCGGAUCAUUACGCUAGAGAAUGGGAAACCACUAGUGGAAGCCAAGGGCGAAAAUGCCUAUGCAGCCUCGUUCCUUGAGUGGUUUGCCGAGGAGGCUGUCCGCACAUAUGGAGAGGUCAUACCUUCGCCUUUUCCACACAUUCGCAAUGUAGUCGUCAAACAACCCAUUGGCGUUGUCUUUAGCUCAAUCCUGACACCGUGGAACUUUCCUUCAGCCAUGAUCACGCGCAAGUUGGGUGCUGCUCUUGCCGCAGGUUGCACUGCAGUGAUCAAGCCCCCUCCCGAAACUCCGUUUUCCGCCUUGGCUCUGGUCGAGCUGGCAAAUCGAGCAGGUAUCCCCUCUGGUGUAAUCAAUGUUGUGACCACGCAGGCGAACGUACACGAAGUUGGUCGGGAAAUGUGCGAAAACCCUCUUGUCAAGAAGGUAACGUUCACUGGAAGCACGCCGGUCGCAAAGGCUCUGUACAUGAUGGCAGCAUCUACCCUGAAGAAGGUUUCCAUUGAGGCAGGCGGUAAUGCACCAUUCAUCGUCUUCGACGAUGCAGACAUCGAUGCUGCCGUAGAAGGUGCUAUCGCAUGCAAGUUUCGACAAAGUGGGCAGACGUGUGUCUGCGCGAACCGAUUCUAUGUGCAGGAUUCUGUCUACGCGGACUUUGCAUCCCGCCUUGCUGAAAAGGUCGCUGCGUUCAAGGUCGGAAACGGUCUCGACGGCGAUACGACGCACGGCCCCUUGAUUCACCAGAAGGCCCUGGCCAAGAUCCAGCGACAUGUCGAUGAUGCUCUCGCCCGCGGCGCCCAAUUGGUAAUGGGCGGCAGUCGCGUCCCUGGCAAGGGCUCAUUCUUCCAGCCCACCGUCCUUUCUGAAGUUCCGCCCGACGCGCUUGUGCAUACCGAGGAGACGUUCGGGCCUCUUGCCGCACUGACACGUUUUGAGACGGAGGAGCAGGUUAUUGCCUUGGCGAAUAACACGUCAGUGGGCCUCGCGGGCUACUUCUACACGAGAGACGUUGGGAAGGUCUGGCGAGUUGCUGAGGCGCUGGAGGUCGGCAUGGUCGGGACCAACACUGGACUUAUCAGUCAGGCAGUAAUCCCGUUCGGAGGCGUGAAGGAAAGUGGACUCGGGCGCGAAGGAAGCCACGGCAUUGAGGAGUACAUGAAUGUCAAGUUCAUCGCAUUUGGAGGCCUCUGAGCUGCCAGCAGUCAUGCGGAGUGCCCACAGCGCAUCAAGGCUAUACACCGCAUAGCCGAGCUGAGAAUCGGUCGCCGCCAGACGAUCACAGACGGACAUGUAUGCAUCUCUUAAUCCUUGUAUAGUAUGUUGUUUUCCUGCUGUGU